AUGGCUAAUAACUCAGUCAUUGCAAAUUGGACCACAGUGGAGGUCAAUGAAUUUGUUAACCUCAUGGUUGACAAUGUUAAAAAGGGAAACAAUACCAAUUCUACUUUUAACAAGUCUGGUUGGAAUGAUAUCAAAGUCCGUCUAGAGGAUACCGUAGGUCGUCCAUUCACCAAGGAGCAAUUACGCAAUAAGAUGUGUAAGAUGCAUACAGAUUAUAGCAAUUUCAAGAAAUUACUAGACACUACGGGUUCUGGGUGGAAUCAAAUCACCAAAACGGCCACAGCUGACAACAAAACCGUAUGGGCAAUGGCUAUACAGGCAAACCCAAAGUGGGCCAAAUUCAAGAAGAAUGGAUUACCACACUGGCCUGAGUUGCAGGUGAUCUUUGGGGAUUCAUAUGCACGUAGGGAUGGUAGCGACUGCAACACUAAUGAUAUUAUCGAUAUGACUCUAACCGAAGAUCCUGCAAAUGAUGGUCAACAGACACCUGAUCCUUUAACACCUGUGGGCCCAAGUUUGGAUGAUAUAGAUGAGACAGAGGAUUAUCGUCCUACCAAACACAAGCUUGAUAAAACACCCACUGGCCAUAGGAAGAGGAGUUUAACUUCAGAUAUGUCUAACUCAUUUAGGACUUUGGACAAGUUUUGUGCUUGGAGGAUGGGGCAAGUUAUGGCAUCCAAUGAUGAUGAUGAUGAUAUGAUCAUCAUUAUGUAUGUGACAUUAUUGGCCGCAGCGUCAGUCAAUACUAGAGAACCAUGUAGGGAUAGUAUCUUUCGGGGGCCAAUGAUGGAUUGCAUUGGUGUCAUUGAUGGUACUCAUAUCCAUGCUAUUAUACCGAUGGAAGAUCAAACACGAUAUCAAAAUCAGAAAGGAAUUACAACACAAAAUGUCAUGUGUGCUUGUUCUUUCGACAUGUACUUCACAUUUGCGAAUGUUGGCUGGGAAGGCAGUGCCAAUGACUGUCGGGUCUUUAAAUCAGCAAGAAGUAAUCCAAGUUUUAACUUCCCUCAUCCACCUCCAGACUCUGGUUAUGCGAAUCAGACAGCAUAUUUGACACCGUUCAGAGGUGAGAGAUAUCAUCUUCCAGAUUAUAGAGGUGCGGGAAGAACUCCAAGAACAGCUAGAGAAUUGUUCAACUACAGGCAUUCCUUUUUGAGGAAUGUCAUUGAACGUACAUGUGGAGUUCUCAAAAACAAGAUCUUGCUUUUAAGACAGAUGCAUCAUUUUUCUGUGAAGACCCAAGGUAACAUUGUCAUUGCAUUUUGUGGCUUGCAUUACUACAUUAGAGAUGAACAAAAAUUAGAUAAAGAUUUUUCCAAACUUGGUGGAGAUGAAACUGAACCAGAUCCUGAUGAGUUAAACCCAGCUCCUGAAGAGUAUAAUGGACCCUCAUCAUUGAGUCAAAGGGAACAACCAAGAGAGAUGAACGAUAUUAGGAACCAACUUACAAACGUGUUGGCUAGAAAACACCGGCUUGCUCCAAUUUGA